AUGAACAAAUCUGAUUAUGUUUAUAGCCUUCUGGGUCAGGCAUCUAUAAACGAUACAUCUAUAUUCGCUCCUGUCAGCUUGCAGAGACCAAAAAUGAAAGGCCGGCCAUUGAAACAUUACCACCCCCUGUUGCAGAAGGAGAAGCACCUCGAUUCUGUGGUUCGUAAGAUUUUGCCAAAGGAGAUUGCCAAUUCCGCUUGUCAGAAAGGCUCACGCCUUGCCCACCGUUAUGGUCUUCCAAAGACACGCAAAGAUAAGUUAUCAAUGAGACCAAUCUUGUCUGCCACGGGCACCUACAACUAUGCGCUCGCCAAGUGGAUUGAUGAAAAACUGAAGCCGCUGUCAGUUAAUCGCUACACGAUUUCUGAUACGUUCGCUUUUGCGGAAGAGAUUCAAAACCUAAAAGUCGACGAAAAUGACAUUUUGGUAUCCUAUGAUGUCACGUCUUUGUUUACUAAUGUAUCACUUAAGGAAACUAUCGAAAUGAUCGCCGAAAAAGCGUUCGUAAACAACUGGUUUAACGAAACACACAAGUUAAACAUCACUCAGCCUGACCUGAUUCAACUUCUAGAAGUAGCAGCUAAGAACCAAUUGUUCCAGUUCGAUGGCAAGCUUUAUGAACAGACUGACGGAGUGGCAAUGGGCUCACCUUUGGGACCCCUUAUGGCAAACGCAUUUCUCUCCUCCAUCGAAGAGAAAUUAGAACAUGACAACAAGCUCCCAGAGUUUUAUAGGCGUGCUGUUUUCUUGAAGUUCUUUGACCGGCCUGCUCUCGACAAGUGCUACACCGCCCAAAUCCAUUCGAUAGUCCAGAUUCCAAAACAAGUCCUUAUUUGGUAUCUUUCUUGUGGGACCACGUCUUUGCAUCACAGAUCAAGAAACUCAGGAAGAGAAUUUGCUGGGUGGAACCAACCCUUUUACAGGUCAGUCUUUACACCCAUUUCCUGUACAAAGCUCAAGAUCCAUUCAGCGCAUGAAGACAGUCCAGGCUCCAAUACAAGUUCUUAUUUUUCACCUGUUUCUUAUCGGACCAAGUCUGGGCCUAACAGAUCACGAAACUCAGGAAGAGAAUUUGCUGGGUGGAACCAACCCUUUUACAGGUCAGUUCUUUUAUUCAAGAUAUCUCUUGUACAAAGCUCAACUGAUCCAUUCAGCACAUGCAGACAGUCCAGGUUCCGAAACAAGUUCUCAUUUUUCACCUGUUUUGUGGGACCAAGUCUCUACGUCACAGAUCAACAAAGUGAGGUCCAAGAGAAUUUGCUAGGUGGAACCAACCCUUUUACAAGUCGGUUCUUACACCCAUCUCUUGUUCAAAGCUCAAGAUCCAUUCAGCCUAUGAAGACAGUCCAGGUUCGAAAACAAGCCCUAAUUUUUCAUCUUUUUUGUGGGACUAAGUCUCUGCCUCACAGAUCAAAAAACUCAGGAAGAGAAUUUGCCGGGUGGAACCACCCUUUUACAGGUCAGUUCUUACACCCAUCUCUUGUACAAAGCUCAAGAUCCAUUCAGUACAUGCAGACAGUCCAGGCUCGAAAAAGGGAGUCUUAUCUUGUAACUUUUGUGUGUGUGUGUGUGUGUGUGUGUGUGUGUGUGUUUGUGGGACCAAUUCUUUGCUUCACCAAUCAAAAAAUUCAGAAAGGGAAUUUACUGGGUAGAACCAAUCCCAAUCUGGACCAGUUCUUUCAUUAUGCACAUAUUUCUUGUUCAAAAGGUCCAUUUGGUACAUGCAAAACGUCCAAGUUCCUAAACAAGUUUCUUAGAUAAUAUCUUGUUAGCGUGAUUCUGAUGUUAGACUACUCUUUUUUGUCAUAUUGUACAUCUAGAACUGAAAUGUUCCCAGUAACCUCUGUGAUCACAGGCCAUGUGC